GUUUGAACAAUCAAGCGGGGGUAUGUAGGGCACUCAUCCUAGGGUGUCUGGCGAUAAUGGAUGUCGGUUUAGCUCAAGCGUACCAAUUCUUGGGCUUUAAUGUGCUUCACAGCCGCACCUGUACGCCUUCAAACUGUCAGUCUGUGAAAUAUCCAGCUAUGCUUCCCGUGAUAACCAAGCUGGCGUGCACAUUUUUGGUGUUUCACGAAUUUCGUACUAUUUGCGUUCAAGCAAAACGUAAGUUUGCCGGAAGCUCGGGGACCGCGCCCAGUCUGCACCGCCAGAAUGUCUCCAGCUACCUUAUGAACGGUGUUUCCUUAUUUAAUUAUAUUUCGGAAGCUGACAGAACAUCCGGCUCCUCUGUCUUGAAAGACACACACAGAGACCAAAUGCUAUCUAUUGUUUUUCCCCUUCCCCUCGAGCUCA